GGUGAGCUCUAAAACUUAAUUAUUUAAAACACGUAUUCACAAUAUACUUUGUGUUACGCUAGAUCUGUGAAUCAGUUUUAUUCUCACUUCAGUUCAGAAUAUUCCGCUGUGUUGCAAAAUAUAACUGUUCAGUCAUUUACCCAUGAGUUGUUGUUUUUUCUUAGGUCUAUCAGCAGGGGAAUUUAACCCUUUUGCCUCCAUUUGUCACCCAGAAUGAAUAUCAAUAGCAAACUCGAAACUGAAGAACUGCUCACUUGUCUUCAUAUACAUAUCUUCCACCCUAAUCAAGCCAGUCGCCCGCUCUUCCAAAACCUGCCCCUAAAUCAACCAUACCAUAUGGACGCUGAAGAUCCACUUCGGCUUGGCCGUGAUGGACAAACCUGCAUCUUUGUCCUAAACGACACCUCUGUCUCCAGAAAACAGCUCUCCAUACAGGCGUAUAGGAAAGCCGGCAGCCAUUUCUUGAGCUUCAUGAUCCAGAACAUGAGCCAGAAGGUCAAACUCAUGGUUGGUGGGUCCGAACUGAGAUACCUCGAAAGAGCUGAGCUUGAUGACAAGGUGCUCCUCCGCUUCGGAAGAUAUGAACUGCUGAUUUGGCAAGAGCCAGGAGAUUCAGAGCAUAAAUAUGAAGUCCUGUUUGAAACAUGCAAUACACCCCCUUCACAGGAAUUGGGCAUAGAUGUGCCGUGCAACCCACCUGUUAUGGAUACUGGUUUGCCAUUGAGAAGCUUUGAGAAUGGAGGACCUGUAAGCCAAGAGCCACUGGAGUCAGAUGAGACAGCUAUUUUAGUAUAGAUAUUUUCCAGACCUUGCUCUGCAUAUUAUUUUAUUAUCAUCAUUGAUAUACUGUGUUAUUAAAAUGCAUCUCAAAUGUAACAGACAGAUGUGCAACUGUAGACUUGUGACGUAUAAGUGACAUUACAAACAUUGUUAUUAUGAUUUCUUCUGGAAUGCCACUGAACCAGUUUUGUUGCCUGUACAUAUAUAUUUUGUUUUUUUUUACUAAAUUCUAUUGGGUAUUUGUCACUUACAUGUUUGCUUAUAAGGCACUUUGUGUUUUCACUCCAUUAUUGUUUAGUGUUCAUUGCAUCAUGUGUUUAGCUAGCAUUUUUAUAUGACAUAAUAUUUAUUUUAUAUUGUAUUGACUGUUACUUGAUCAAAUGUGAAUCACAAACUUUAAAAAAAAUGUGAAAUUACAAUGA